AUGGCUUACAACCACCUCGCCACGCCUGACGCAGAACUCGCCCCAAUGCUUGGGCCUGUAUCUCCGAUGUUCCCACCCGGUCUCAUAAAAUCAGAUAUCAAUGCGAUCAGGGCUAUGGUCCACAGCGUUGAGAAGUCUCUGAACGAAUCCCAAGUUCCUCCUGAUGCUGUUGUAGUCGCAGAACACUCUGUUCCAGUGGAGGAGGGAUCGAUCUUAGUGCGGACUUAUCGAUCAGCGGAUCCUCUGGAUACGAAGUUACCUCUGCUGGUCUGGACGCAUGGCGGAGGACUCGUGUUCGGUGAUAUCGACACUAGCGACCGAGUAUGCCAAGUCCUCGCUCAUAACCUCAAACUGUCGAUAGUCAAUGUGGAAUACAGGCUGGCUCCAGAAUUCCCUCAUCCUACUCCGUUGAAUGAUUCGUACACCGCGCUGAAAUGGGCUGUCAAGAGCUAUGACGCGUUGGCCGCAGAUCUUUCCAAGGGUGUCAUCGUGGGCGGCACGUCUGCCGGAGGAUACCUCGCUGCUGCCAUGGCGCACCGCGCGAUCGCCGACCCCUUCUUCCCCGAGCACGGAACGAGGAUCUCCGGCCAGGUGCUUCAGGUCCCGAUGCUCUGCCACCCCGACGCGCUACCCGAAUCCGCGAACUUGACCUCGUAUGAACAGAACGCGGAUGCACCAAUUCUCCCCACCUAUGCGAUGCGGGAGAUACCACUUCUCGGGAACCCGUCGGAUCCUGAGUUCUCCCCGCUCCUUCAGCCGUCGUUGGAGGGUCUUGCUCCCGUAUACAUGCAGGUCACCGGACGGGAUCCCCUGCGCGACACCGGACUGGUGUACGUGGAGCGCCUGCGCGAGGCCAACGUUCCCGUGAAGCUUGAUCUCUACCCGGGCGCGCCGCAUUUAUUCCACUUUAUGUUCCCGCAGACCAAGCUUGCGGAACGGUGGGCGCGAGAGGCGAUGGAAGGAGUGCAGUGGCUCCUGGCUCAGGGAAGCGCAUGA